AUGCGCUUCUUGCUGGUCUUGCUAGCGCUCCUUGUUGCUAAAACAUUGGCCUUUAAUCUAGUCCGGCGAGAUGACAACGAUGGAUACAACUACCAAAACACCAUCUGUGAGACUCUGACCCAAGAGCAGUGUAAGAACGUCACCUCACUGACCUCCAUCCAGUCCAUUUCGCAACGUGAUGCCCAACUCAAUAUCUCCAUCACGGGUCUUUUGUACAUGGCGUUUGAUCUUAAUUCCGCAUACUUUGACUCAAAGGGAUAUACCCAAGAUACCAUUCAAGAUGUCCCGCAGAUUCUAUUUCUGGGAUUCACUUCGCUUGACCUUGAUCUUUAUUGGAACGAGCGCUUGGCCCGAUGGCAGCUUUGCCCCUUUGACAUCUCUCAAGAUAACCUUACACAAAACUCAGAUGGCACCGUAUCACAGCAAAACUUGACCAUCCGCUGUUCUGCAGAAUACAUAUCUCCAGAUGAUCUUUUGGAACAAUAUGACAGGUUUCUAAAGUCUACAAAUAACGACUUAACAACGUCCUUUUUACGGCUCCAUUUGCGGCUUCAUUCACUCGACCAAACAACUUCUUCAACUAAAUUCAAAAGUCCUUCAAAGUCUCAACAUCUGGCGCACAUAAUAUCCAACCACUUUACCAAAACAGAACUUUACACUCUCAGUGAUCUCGAAUCAAACCGUAAAUCUUCCUUGACUUAUGGUCUUUACGGUAUCAAACCAGACUCAGAAUAUGGGUUCCCUAAAGUCUUUCAAUUUCUACUGGUUCAAGGACGCAGAAUCAUUGUUUCCUUCACAAACAUGGAUAUUUCUUCAGAUUCAACCUAUGACGAUAAAACACUGACAACAGACUCAGAUACUCUUUUCAAUACGACAUAUGUUUCUCCUCGAAAUGUCUCUGGAUUCUCAAACAUGCCCUAUUCCAUGUACUUGAGCGAUUACAUGGUCACAGCCAUUCUAUCCAUGGACUAUUUCCCUCCAACAGACUGCUACAAUACAGUCUCAUGGGAAGACUUUCGCAACGACAUGAUGUACUACACAGGUAACAUGACGCGCAUUGUCGAGUCUCAGCUUUCCAUAGAAAACAAUACCUUUCGUGUUGAAGUUGUCGAUAGCGAGGAGCACCCCUUUAAUCAGACCACAGUGGCCCAGUACAUUUCUUGUGGCUUUGUGCCAAAGUUUACUGCACCCAUUGCCAACCUUAGCAGUCUUGUGUCCAUCGUCAAUGCUGCUAUUUGGUCCUGGAGACCUAACCAGCCAAACGUUCCUUCAUGGGUCCCCUCGGCCGAUGGCUUGGGCUUGGGGAGCUAUGGAACAUAUACACAGCUUGUCGAACGUGUUGAGUACCAGCGAGCUCAUAACCUUUCGCCUUUAUCUUCUGGAUACGUUGAUGUCAACAAGACUACAGCCUGGCGAUGUGCUGUUCUUGAUGAAACAGGCUGGCGCAAUGCAAACUGUUUUGAUCAUUACCCCGUUCUCUGUGGUGCCGAAAUCGCCCAACCCCAAAUGUUUACCCAAAACAACUUAGAGAAUGAAGAGGAAGUUGAAUCUCUCAGCACUUCUGAACUCACAGGCUUAGUUUAUACUUGGUCUUUUGGUGAAAAUACAUCCUAUUUUAACGCCGUAAACGCGUGCCCCUAUUCAAACCAUUCCUUUACUUUGCCACACUCAAACCUUCAAGAUACCUCAGUACGCCUCGCGCUCGCACAAAAUGGAACAAUCCCAUUCCCAAUUUGGAUUGAUUUUAAUUCAAUCAAUGCAAAGGAUUGCUGGGUCUCAGGCGGCCCUCUGGCAACAUGCCCUUAUACCCCAAACACAUGGACUCGCAGCCAAGUCGUUCUUAUUUCUGUCGUAUCCAUGGUCAUUGCACUCAUCUUGAUUGCCGUUUAUCUCUUGUCAAAGGAUAAAACCCCCGUGCGCCAUUCUGAGGGAAAGUUUAAAAAAAUCAUUGUCAAGUUCAACCAAAACCAGUAUCACGGUGUGCCUUCAUGA